UUUUGCACCUCUUAUGUAAUUUGUGACAAAAAAAAAUCACUAUCAAGCCUACAUGACUGACACCCAAAAAGGGUCCCCAUGGAUGAGGAAACUACACAUGGGAAUCCCAACUCAAAAAUCUGCUACUAGACUUCCCGUUCACAUAGAUCAGAGAGAGAAAGAGAGGGAGAUGAGUGAUUGCGUAGCACCAGAAUGGAAUCUGAGGCAACAAAGACAAGAACAGGUCGAAGGAGGAGAUGGGACUAAUAGAUCUUCGCACGUGCAGAUCCCCCAGAUUCAUCCUCACCAUUCUUAUUCUUCUUCUUCCAUGUCAAAUCAUGGAGUUGCAGAGCUGACAUGGGAGAAUGGGCGACUGGCCAUGCAUGGCCACGGCCUCUUGAAGCCCCUACUGGCAAGCAGUGACACACUAGAGUCCAUUGUCCGCCAGGCCACGUGUCACAAGAAUAACCCAUCGUCUCCCCGACAUGACCAUCCCCCACCACCAUCAACUGGUGGCCACUUGGACAGGAGCCAUGCCAGGCUGCAAUGUCCGGUGAAUAAUUACUUGGUCAGGAAAAGGAAGCGGCCGGACUCUGAGCCUGUCCAUGUUAUGAAGAUGAAGUCGGACAAUGGCGUUGGUGGGGGAAUCAGUAGGGAGGAACGCAGCAUAUGCGGCAGCGCGACCGCCGCGAUUUGCAGGGACGACGACAUGACGAUGAGGACGUGGGCUUCCUUCGCAUCCCCCGUGGUCUUCAAGACCAAAACCACGGAAGAGGACGGUCCGGCUUCUCACGGCGAAUCGGAAAAUCAAGAUGAAGAGGGUGAGGAUAAAGGUGAAAUUAACCCUUCACGAUCAACCAGGAGAAGUAGGCCUUCUGCGACUCAUAAUCUCUCAGAGCAGCGACGUAGAGAUAGGAUAAACCAGAAGCUGAAGGCCCUGCAGAGGUUGGUGCCCAACGCAAGCAAGACUGAUAAGGCUUCGAUGCUAGACGAGGUGAUAGACUACUUGAAGCAACUCCAAGCGCAAGUCCAGAUGAUGAGCCUCCGCAACAACAUGCCCCAGAUGAUCCUGCCCAGCGUGGCGAUGCACCACCAGCAGCUCCAGAUGUCCCUCCUCGCAGCGCGCACAGCAGGGGUUGGGCUCGGGAUGCUUGACAUCAAUCCCAUGGCGGCGUUCGUGCCGCAGCCCUACAUGUUGCCGCCGCUUGUGGCCGCACAGCACUUUCAAGCUCAAGUGAAUCCGGAGGGCAGGAGCAGCGCUCCGGUGCUGCCCGUGCCGGACCCUUACUGUGUCUAUCUCGCCCAAAAUAUGAACAUGGAACACUUCAACAAGAUGGCUGCGCUUCACCGGCAACAGAUCCAUGAAAAAGCUCAGGCGAGCCGCCCUUCGCGGCCGAACCGUGGGGAAAGAGAAUGAUCUUUUUAGUCUUUUCAAAUAGCGAAAGGUGAGAAUAAUGGGAAAAAAACAAGUAGAAGAAACAUUCUAAAGACUUGUCGUGAGAAUGCUUUGAUUAAUGGAGAUUUCAGUUUGUACUUUGCAAUUCAUAUGACGUUUGUGGUUCAGACUCUAGUUAAGAAAAGUUAAGACAGGCAGUGAGGGAUGUACGCUGUUUAAGC